AAGAAGAAGAAAAAGCAGGAAGUGUCUGAUUUCCGUUUCGUAUGAACGCGUGACUUCGUGUCGAUCAUAUAACAUCUCCGGCCUUUCCAGCUUAUGUAGCCAGCUAUUAAACCACGUUUUUAAAAUGCAAACAAAGGAUACUGUGGGGGGAAAGCAGUGUGGAAGAAAAGACUGUAACUCAUGCUUUUUACAAUUUGCUACAAAUAAGACCAAAACUGACAGCAACUGAAGAAAAGAUACUUCACUAAAGACUAUGCUCCGCUGAAAACAUAAAUCACCAAAUGUUUUUUAAUGGGUUGUACGACAAUAUCUGAGGCGCUUAAGAACUACCACUAUGCACCUGUGGAGGGCAACAAUACACCUUCACUGCGUCGAGUCUACCGGAAAUCGGAAGAAGAAGACCUCUUGCUUUCCAGGCCUGCACAGGAAGCGGUACGCGAAAACAAAACAACAAGGAAACAAAACUUUGCUUUGCAUCCAUCUUCUUGCCCGUUGGUCCAUAAGUCAGCCCCUUUUCGCAUUUAGCUCAGCUCACAGUCAUCUAGCGCAAGCCCAGACACAAUAUUGUGGUCAGUGUGGGCUGAGGUGGGAUAUUGACAGCUAGCUCCAACAUUUCAGCUCACUUUGUAUCUGCAAGCUAUCUGGCUCUCCAACUUUCUUAAGAUCAAAAACCCCCUUGGCCAACCAAACACCUACAGAGAGGGGCUUCCAAAGGGGCAUUCUUAUCAGCCCAGGAUCCUGAUUGAGCUGUUCUGGAGAUCUGUCUGGGACUUCUGAGAUGUUCCCCACACAAGUGCCUCAUGGAUGGCCAGAACCCAGCACUGUCCCUAGCAAUGAAGCAAUCCUGAGGUCUAUAAAUAUGCAUGUUAGACACAUUAAAGAGGUGAGGGCUCAUGGAAAACCUUUGCCUCAGCCUUCACAUCAAAGCUGUCAACAAACAGAUGUCCCCCCAUUUGAUGCAAGGACCACCGCUUUGAACCCGCUCGACCAAACCACAGCUGCAGCCAGCUAUGGUGGUGCCAUGGAUUCAUGCUUCAAUUUCUUUCAUGAAACUAAACUAGAUCAUCAGUCCAUUCCGGGAUUGUGUGAUCAUGACCAUCCUAUGUCAGAUAAACUAGCAGCUCCCCCCGGGUCCAGCCCAACCAAAUAUACCUCAGAAUCGGCCGCCAAUAUCCUUCAACGCUUUGGACUUGAAAAGGAGGACAUGGACCUUCUGUUAUCCUAUCCUGAAGACCAGAUUACCCCCGCUAGUUUACCGUUCAUCUUACGCCAAAUACGCCUUCAGAAAGCUGAAAGAGCUGUUGCAGCCACCACUACAAUUGCAGCUACUGCAAUAGCCGCCACCGUAACAUCUGUCACUGCAUCAGCCACCACAGAUCUAUCCAAAGUAUUGACUGAAUUUGCAAACAAAAACAGUUUGAAACAUUCUUUAGCAGCGACUGAAAGCAACACUUUGGAAAAUGCUCUACAGGCUGCUUAUUUCAGAGAUCAGGCAAGUUCUAGCUCUUCUCUUAGCUCAAUGCUCCCUUUUGUGGCUCCUAAAAGUCACAAUUCAGUUUAUGCAGUACAGAGUUUUACUCUGACAGGAAAAGAAAUAGAUGUCCAACAUGCAUCAUCUAAAAUAGUUUAUCAGAGAGAACUAGAAGCGGGUCGCUCGUCAAAACCAGAAUCCCAAGCAUCCAUCGCUGCAUACCAUCAAGCACAUUCCAGCCGACCUAACUUGUUGCUCAUUUCUUGUAAAAACGAAGAUGACUGCAGUGCGAGUGAACCCAGGAGGAAUCAAGAUACAAAGGAGCUGCAACAGAGAAUGACAAAAAAUCUGGAGCCAACCCAGCAACAAUAUUUAGCAAAUAAACAACAAGAUAUAUCAAAUAAGCAAGACAUGUCAAAUAAACCUCAUGCACAGCAAUGCACGACAAGCAAAAAAGAUAAGUCAGAGAAACCUGAUGAUGGUUGUAGUAAACUGGUGCAACCCAUCUGUAGCAUUGUCACUCAGUUUUCGUGUCUAGGUCAGCCUCCGACUGCUGCACCCCCUAGAAGAGCGCCCCUUUCAAACACCCUACCACAAACAGCCCGAAUAUCCAACAAUGUGGUGGACCCGUCCAGAGUCUUUCCAAACAUGGAUGGUCUCGUUCAACAGAACAGCAGCCUGCACCUCACCAGCAGCAAGAACAGCAAGCCUGUUUCAACUUUCGCCAAAGCCAGGAGACGCUCACCGUCCCCCUGCACCUCCAGACGCAGGUCCUACUCUUCCUCAUCCUGUGACAGUCGGCGCUCACGUUCCCAAAGCUAUGAAAGGUCGCUUUCCAGGAGUAAGAAGAGGCGGUGGAGCCCGGAGAGACGACGGAAUUCCCCGCAUUCGAGCCGACACAUUCGCAGCUAUCGCUCACGCUCCAGGAGCUGGGACAGACAAUAUCCAUCAGCAAGAAGCCAUCGGGGGACAUCUUCGCCACCAAGGAGCCCCAAAAAGUGCUUGUCACCAGAAAGGCACAGAGACCGGACUGCAUCACCCAAAAGGUUUAUGAAAAGACAUUCCUUAACAAGGAGUAGUCGGGAUGCAAACGUUCCUUUUUUAGAGAAUUCAUACACUGCAGAACAUCUUGCCAAGAAGGUGUUGGAAACAUCAGCGGUCCAGUCUUUGUCCAACCAAAGGGAUCUGGAGACUGUGGUGAAAACUCUGGCUCCUGCCUUGCUGGCUGAACUACUCAAGAUGGAGUCUUUCUCUUCACUUGCCCUUUCCUCGCCCUCAUCUGCAGACAAACAAAUGGAUAUGACCGAAGCGCCAACUUCCUCUUUCAAUAAGGUUGGGCUCAAGUCAUCGCCCCCGACGAUGGUGAAGCUGGAGGGAAUAUGUAGUGAUCUGUCCCACGAUGACGUGGCGUCCUAUGCCGAGAACUUUGGAAAAACCAAGUCGGUUGUACUGUUUCGGGCCAAAGGCGAGGCCAUUGUGUGUUUUGAGCAAGAAGACGCCGCCAAGAAGAUGAAGAACAUAAAGAACUUCUGUUUAAAGGACAUUCCGGUGUCUGUUGUUAAACAGAUGGAAAGCGACGACGAGGAGUCGAACACGUGCAGCACAUCUGGCAAGCCUCUUCACAAGAUGCCUGCUGUUUCUCAACAAACCAGAGCGGAAACAAGUACGGCACUGGACCCUCAACCAACUCCAGCUAGAACUUACCCUAUAAGCCUGGCAAAGGUCUCGAAAGCCACAGCGUCAUAUUCCAAAGCAAAGAAUGUCUCAAUCAAGCAGGUUUCAAAAGGAAAAAAAAGAGCUGAUAAGAAAGGUCUAGUAAAAGCUAAAACCCUAACAAUCAAAGCGAAGCAAUCUCAAGGUGCUGUUAAGGAAAAGGGGGAGCAAUCCAAAUGUUUCACCGAAGAGCAGUGCAAUGUUGAGGUCUCCUCUGAGCUAGCCAUUGUUGGACCAGAAAGCGUGACAGAACCCCCGCUGCAUAGAGUGGCUCAAACAGAAGAUCUGAGUGACCCGCUACCUGCAGAAGUCAUGUCUCCUUUGAUGGAUAAAGACAAGCAGACGACCAACGUGGAAGACGACCAAGAGGUGACAGCAGAAUCCUGUCAAACAAACAAAGACUAUGACAUUGACGCUGUAAAAACCUCUGUUUGUAAAGAAGGCACCAUGGUCUCAGAAAAAGAAGAAGCACAACAGGUGAUUGAUUCUGUUGAAGAGCACCCAACUUCUAGUGAGACAGCGAGUGAGUGGGAAUUGUGUUCUCCAUGCACAGCUUCCAAGAAAGAAGAACAUGACUCUCCAAAGACGCAGCAGACUCAAGUGAAGAACCACAGCACUUCUGGACUACCUGAAGUUGAGCAGAAGCACCAGGUUGUUGAUUCUAUUAAUGUUCAACAGUCCAGCAGCAUGCCAAUGGUUGGUCCUAGGAGGAGCAUGGGAGAAAAGACCCCAGAUCCAUCUGUAGAGGAUGAGGAGACUACUUUUCACAUCUUAGACUCUGUGGACACUGAGAUAGUACAAGAAGAGCCCAGCAUCACAACCCAAUCUAGCAGAGGAAAAAGAGGAAGGCCGCUAAAGAACGAUGCUUCGAGUGAGAAAAGAGUUCAAGAAGAAAUGACACCAAUGAAGAAAAGGACAAGAACUUCACAGGAAUGCACCAAAAAAGAAACACCAACCAAGAAAACGCAGCCUGUUCUGAAAGAUGAAGUGAAGAGUCUUCCAACUACAAGAGGAAAAGGAAGAAGAGGAAGACCUAAGAAAACAGUCCAAACCACUAAAAAAAGGAAAGAUGACUGUUUAGAAAAGGAUGAACAAGAUGCUGGUGAUGAAGAAGAAGCCCCAUUCCAGGUCCUGGACUCUGUGAAGAACAAGACGCUUCAUGAUCACAAUAGUCCAAAGAAGAAGGAUAUGACUGACAGCAAACAUCAGGAGAACAAGUCAAAUGAAAUUGUUGAUUCUUUGAAUGAAGGUCCAGCCGAAGAAGAGCCUUUCGAUGGUGAUGGUCAUGAUGAUGAUGAUGAUGAUGAUGGGGAUAAAGAUGAAUCUGUGGAAACAUCACAAACUACUAAGCAUACUCGACAACGCCAGGCAAGACAACUUCUAUUGUCUUCCUCUUCAGAAGACAAUGCAAGCUUGGUGUUGCAGGACAAGGCGGAAGAGGCGGAUCCUGAAGAAGCAUCCUCCCCCAACUGGAGUGGUAGAGCCACGAGGAGAGGCAGACCAACUUCUGUUGUAAAGGAGGAGCAUAUUGCGACAAAGCGAACACGUUCUCAGGCUCCAUGUGUCGCACCAAGCUUUGGACUGCCAGCGUUCAAAGCCAACAACCCUCUUGGUCAGGAGUUUGUCAGGUGCGGGUAUUUCUGUGACAUGUGCUCGACUUUCUACCAACACGAGAUUACAACACAAGAAAUGCACUGCAGCAGUAGAGAGCAUUACAACAACCUUAAGAAAUAUUAUGGGACACUUCAACAGAAAGCAUCCAAAAGAUAAGAACACCUGCAGGAUAUUAUAACAAAGAUGGAUCUACACUGUGCAAUUGAGUUUUACAUUUUCACUAUAACAGUGAUCCUAUACCUGUGAACUCAUCAUCAUGGUACUAUGUAUUUAUGUUAAGUGUAUAUAGUCUUAAGAUUCAAGUAUUUAGAAUUAUGACCGAUAGCUACUCCUUUUCAUGUAAUUUUUUCGAGAUGUCGAAUACCAUUGUGUAUGUUACUUGUAAGUAAUGGUUGGAAUGUGUAAACAUUUAAUCUGCUGUAUAUUAAUAGCUCAGUUGCUCAGGGCUUGCUAUUUCUCAAUAAAUUGCAUACAACAUUUUGCAAACAUAAAACGACAUGCU